UAGUUCUUUUCUUACAGUUGGUACGAAAGCGACGUGAACUUCUUUGAUUUACGUGUGCGAUCGCGUAUUAAAACAUUAAUAAAAUAAUGUGAAGUUUAGUGUACUAUAAGUUGUGAGUUCAAUAAAGACCGAAAUCAGACAUCAAUUUUAAAUAUGAAUAACUAUUUAGUAAUUUUAUUCGUUAUUUCACUUGUUCUGCAGAACGGUUCAGGCUUAGACUAUAAUAAAUAUCAAAGACUGAAUGCGAAUACAGAUUUUUUACUACAUGAAGGAGGUGUACAAAAUACACCCAAACUGCAAGAACAUGUAGCCGGUUCUCAGUCGCAAACAAAUUCUCAACAAAAUGGAGCUAACCCAUCUUUGUCACAACCAACCUCUACCGGGAACAAAGUGACCACAGCACCGCAGCACAAUCCUUCUUCGAAUGGAAAAAGGGAUUACGUUGCUCCCCAAUUCCCAACACUUAAACCAUCCCAACAGACGGGAGGCGCCGGACACUCGCAGUCCUCCAACAACAAUCACAAUUCGGGCAAAAAUGAUUACGUUUCGCAGUUCCCCUCGUUAGGGCCACCAUCCGGAUCACAACCUACACCUGCAACGAGUAAUGUAAACUCUGGCUGGCAACGCAAUCCUCUAACUAACAAUGGAAAAAGAGACUAUGUUGCACCCCAAAAGCCUACUCAUAAUAGACAAGAUAGUGUUGCGCAGUUUCCGCCAUUGGGUCCUGCUUCUGCACCACAACCAACUCCUGCGACAAAUAAAAAUUCAGGACCACAUUCUCAACCUUCAUCACCUACUGGUAAACGAGAUUACGUCGCUCCUCAAUAUCCGACAGUGCAACCGGCUACAGGAAAAGUUAAGGACCUCAUAAAUUUCUAUGAUAGUAAAAAUUCUAGUCCUGGCACAAGUAGUUAUAGUUCUAUUGCACAAGGGUCAUCGCAUCGAAAUGGGCCAACGGUUACUCAGCGGGCACAGAUAACUACAGCAAUUGUUACGCCCAAACCUAUGGCCUUCAGUUCUGUCGUGUCCGGCGGUAAAAUUAAUACUCAAUCAUCAACUCCUAAAUCGACAACACGAAACCCUGGCACACCUACUCGAACAGGAACACCUGUCCUACCAAGUUCUAUUGUAAAUAACAAUAAGGGAAAUAAUAAUGAUAAUACAGUGUCUGACGCUGAACUAGUGACAAUAAGUGAAGAAUUGUUAAGAAAGGAUAAUAACAAUGCUGCUAAAUAUCUCACAGUUAACUAUCAAGAGAAGACUACGUCACAGUCGAAAGAAGAUAAAGCACCGUUACCAUUGCUUACUGUAGCGCCUGAAGUGUGGAACAUCUCGACGAUACAAAAAUUUGUUCCGUUGCUGGAUAAUUAUGAAAGAGACACUUUGGUUAAUGAACACGUCACACCACAGGAGAGAAAUGAAGAAAACGCUUUUAUGGAUGCUGUUAUGUCUACAACUGUGAUGCGACACUUAAUGAAUUUUUUGAAGAAUAAAGGCUAUGUAACACCUGACCCUAAACAGCAGAGAGUCUACUUGAAGCAAAUGUGGUUCAGUUUAUAUUCAAGGGGAAAAGGAAAAAUAAGCAGUUCCGGUUUCGAACACGUAUUCGUGUCAGAACUUAAAAAUGGUUUAGUUUCCGGUUUGCACAACUGGAUUUAUUUCUCAAGGGAAGAAGCAGCUAAUCGAAUUAACUACUUGGGCUACCUAAAAUACAUUUUACUAAAUGAAAAGGGAUCCAUUCUAAAGAUGCACUUUAACCAACAAGGUGUGGACAAGCCCGUGAACAGCAUUUUUAUCGGAACAUCUCCAGAAUUAGAAAUGGCACUUUACACUCUAUGUUUCGUUACUCGAGCAGACAAGGAAUGUAAACUGAAGCUUGCAGAUAAAGAUGUUAAUGUCGUCACAUAUACUUUCAGAUACCGCAGUAAAAAUCUGAUUGGUAGUGCUUUUGCAGAAAUAUAAUCUUUAUGUAUGAUUUAUUUCAUUAGCCAAAUGUAUUUAUCUUUUUUAAUAAAUGCAAUAUCUUUA